AUGUGGUACGACUCGUUCGACAACGGUGAGCCAUUGCAGCUAUCGCAAGAUAACGAUGUAGGUUCCUAUCAAUUGUUUGGAACCCUCAGUGAGAAAAUGUCUCAAGAUGACUUCGAUGAUUUCACAGAACAAGAAAUGCAACAGCCAAUAAACAGCUAUAAGCCUCGCUUUCCAACCGAGGCAUGGCCUGAGAAGAAUAACUCAUGGUACGUGCAGGAUAUUCCACUAGAUUAUUAUUCAUCCGGAAGAGAAAGGACUCAAAGUGAGCAUGUGCAGAUGGGUUUCGCAGGUCCGCCUGCUAACUGGUUUUCUGAAGUUCCGGAGGAAAGAAAUAAUGUUCAGGUAUGGUGAAAGGUCUUAAAAUAUGCUCUUUAAAAUCAAAAUUCAGAAAUCAUCUAAGACAGUUAUCCUUCUGUUCGGUGCUCAUUACAAACACCGUUAACAGAAUCAAUAAACUCUUUUCUAUUUUGUAUUACUUGAUUACCCUAACUUCUUUUACUUAUGGUUUCGCGUCAGUCCGCUCGUUUCAUCCUGAUCUAAGCAGAACUAGGGCGACAGCCACGCGAAGGCUGUACAAUAAUUCAACGCUGUCUUAGAGGUACCCUUCGUACCCACUUGAAAAGGCGUAUGGGCAACCCCUGCGAACGUCAGAAAAAAUAAGUGGUUUCAUAUGAGAAAAACAACAUCACUGCAGUUUGCACAUUUCUUCGACGUUCACUGCACGAAGUGAAAUUUCCCAAAAACCGCGUUUCAUAGAGGACGUGAACACGCGAUGACGAAUUGUACUGUCUCUUUUCGCGCUUGACCUUAAACACAGUCCUCAGCUAAGAAUUCAGCUCUUGAAAAAUUCGUCUACAUUUUCUAAAUAAACCGUCUAAAAGGCAUUAAAGAAGUCAAGAUUCAUUUCUUUUAAUGACGUUGAACGCUGUCACCAUUUUUGCCUGAGCUGUGAUUUUUUCUUUGAACUACUGAUCCCUGCACUCAGGCUAAGUUUAAUCACUGAUCUCAUAGGCAGGCAACUGGCAGGCAACCGUUGCUAACUGGCAAUUUCAAGUGUCAUUUCAGUAGGCAUCUCGCUCCAGAGUAUGGAACGUUCUACUUCAUGAUUAUACAGUCCACUAAUACGUACCCCUUACAGCGGGCUUAGCGCGCUAAACAAGAAGCGGUAGUUACCAAUUUGAACUUAAAGGUGUCCACUAAAUCUUGUUUCUAAACUUGGAAUAAACUAUGUAGCUUUAGUGAUGAAAAAAGAAAAUAACCUUCACGAUUUUUUGGCGGGAUUUUUUUGGUCUAUUUUCUUUGUUUUUGUGGCGAGUGUACCUAUAACUAUGCAUGAGUCAGAUAAGUUAUGCAAGAAGUGCAUAAGUUGGGCAUAAUUACGCACACCACCACUAUGCAACAGCCGGUCAAGGCGUUUUACCUCAUAUACUAUUAAUUUUGAAGUAACUGGUAUAACGCUCACUUCAGUUUGGGUGUUGUGACACUAUAAGAAAACAAUUUUUUGUCUGUUAGGGUAAAAUGGUAACCACUAAAUAAUUGAUCGUUAUUAUUAUUCUUUGCAGGAAAGAAGCACGGUUCUUAAUAACAUCCAGAAUUUGCGUUCGACACGUUUCACGAUAGACGAAGAAAUCGCAGAACAGAAGAUCCUAAACGCUUCCAUUUUAAAACAGUCAUCCGCAGUGAAAGAGCACAUUUAUAAAAUGAUUUCACAAAAUGAAAACCUGCAAAACGAAUCCCAAAUCAUGGAAAACAAAAAUCUUGAAUUAGAAGCCAAACUCGAUCAAGAAACACGGCGGUUGGCAGAGAGUAUUAGAAGUAAAAGAAGAGAUAUGUCGGAAAUUAGAUACGAUGCCGAAGUGAUAAAGGCUCGAAGGGAGGAAAAGGCAGAAAUAACCGAAGAGAUCAAAGACCUUCGGAUGAGCUUCGAGGAUGUAGAUCUAGAUAUUUACUGGAUGGAGCAUUUUUACAAGGUUGACUAUGACAAGAUGGUCAUCUUUCCUUUCUGGAAAUUAGAGGAGGAUUUGGAGAGAGCUCUUCAAGGCGAGGACCCCACUCUCUAUAAAGAAGAGGGACCACAAGAGAGAGAUCAUGAAGCUGAGGGAGAUGGUUAUGAUUAUGAAGAUGAUGACUUCUUUGACUAUGAGAAGACAAUUGAAGAAGACGAAAAGGUGAGUUAAGACUUAACUCGAUCGGUUAACCCGCUUUCCCCGUUGGCUACCUUUACAACAAAACGUUCCCAAAAAAAAACCUCAUUCCUUCAUCUGUCUGAAAGAAAAAUAUUGUAGAAGGGAGUAUUAUUAAGACGGCAGACCACAGGAUCUCAUUGGCAGACUUACAGUAGAUAUAGGACCACUGUACAACCUGCAAAAAGAGCCCCUGAAAAGGUUUCGUGUGACAGUCACGACACGCGGCUUCGUUCCCAUACUUUAAAGCUAACACCUGCUUAAUUAGUGAUCCCAUCGUGGAAAAGUACUUGAUGAGCAGUCCUCAUUAAGACAACUGAGUUUCGUUGAUGCAAACAGUCACGCUAUAGCUUUUCAUCUGCAAAAAUAAUUUUAAAAGCAGCUUAGACCAAUAGCUAAAGAUAACAAAGACUUCCUUUUUUGGUUGCAAAUAGCUUUUUGAUUGUGCACGGAUUUGACCUCAAUAAGAACGUGUUUAAACAAAGUGUUUAUGGGGAGUGUAAAAACGGUGGAUGUCGUUUAGCACUGAUCUGCGGUACACACCAAAAGUUAAGAGAAAUUUUUUACGUUCUAAUAUUUAUUUCUACGCCUAGAAGAAAGAUAUAAUUAUUAAGAAGUACUGCUUCCUCAGACAUUUUCGAGAUAAAUCUAAUUUAAAGCACAACACGUAUUUGACUUUUUCUAGUCCAUAGACGACUUUGAAGAGGAAUCGGCCAAAGAAGACGCUACACCUGAAAGUGACACGUGUCAACCAGCAAACCGGGACUCUGAAACUGACAACUGCAAAUCUAAGUCAGGAAGAUUGAAUGUUCUCAAACUUGGCCGCAGAUUUAAUAGCUUUAUCGCAAAUAUAUCCUCUGGCUUUGGAAGGAGUGCUGGACAAAAGUUGCCAAAGAAGAAGGUAAAUGUUAAUGGGAGACAA